AAUAGUGAAAGUUAGAUACGCACAUGCUUUCCGAAGCAAAAUUAUCAUAUGAGAAUAUAUUAUAUUUGGAAUAAGAGAUAACGAGAGUUGAAAUUUGAGUCUGCAAGCGAGAUUCAUAAUAUAUUUCGAUAAGUACAUAUAAUGAAUGAAAAACACGCGAAACGGAGAUUAAGUGCGAAAGAGAGCAAAAAAUAUGGAAAGGAAUGGAAUAAACAAAUUGGCCGUGCAAAAGAAGAUGAACGGCCAGGAUACAACCCCCACGAUACGAAAGAAGGCGAUCUGACGGUGACGGCGAUCACUCGUCGAACGUUGAGUCUUUCAGUUUCUUUUGGACCGCCGCGCCACGAGCGCGGACAGCGGAUGCAAUUCACGGCACGAUGCGCGUGUGAAAGUUCGCACAUCCGCGUGUACAUCCUCUACGGAUACGAAGAUGAGAAGCAGAAGGAGAUGCGAGAGAGAGAAUAAGUAAAAGGACAGAAAGGGUGCACGGUGUUAAUAUACGUAAACAUUGGCGAACGUGCCGUGCUGAUGUGAAAGUGGUUGGCUACUGCCUGGCUUGCCGACGGCCGUCUGGCUGCUGAUGAUGGAAUGUACAACGGUCGAGCGCUGCAAUGUGCACACUGAUCUGACUGAUCCACACGUCUCCUAGGAAUCCACGUGGUCCAUCGACGACAAAAGCGCAGCUGAUGAUUGAGCAUGCGGCGAUGGUUCCAGCAGCUGGCCUUGGACGAGCUUGCGUCCGAUCUCUGCGGUAGCGUCAGGUAGCGUUCAAAGUCCGAAUGCCACCGAGUGCCGUCGGGGGAUGCGUCCGAGUGCCGGCGUAGCGAGGCGAGCGGCGAUCCCGCGCGAUCCUGGAGACCCUGGAGACCCUGGAGACUCUGGAGUCAGGAGUCGGAUCGAUCCCGAAGGUGCAGAAGUCGAUAUUAGACGUGUUUAUGCCGCGUCAUCUACGAUCGAACCUACGUACGACAUCGAAUGGAUAAGAUCGGACUUGGCAGAUAUAGAAAUUUCUAAAUUCGUGAGCGGCAUCGCAGGUAGCAAAUCAACGACGUCGCGCAAUAAUCCACGAAGAUGUUACAGAACGUCGACGAGCUCCGGUUAUUCGAGCCAUUCGCCGCCGUUAUCAGCUGGCUCGUACUCCUAUUACGCGUCAGCGUCAACGAGAGAUCCAUCGUACGGUAGCCUAGCGGUGAUUCACGAGAGCGAAGCGAUACCGCGGCCCAUUUGGCCUUCCGUCAUCUAUCAUCAUGCCGAGGAUCACAAUGCAGGCGGUUAUGAAGGUAUUUAUACGUGCCGCGUAUGCGGUUGCAUGUAUAAGUAUUCGCAGCCGCAGCUGACAUCAUCACCAUCAAGAGCUCGUGAGGUGCUGCUCGAAUUAUCCCGAACUCUCAAUUCUGUGAUAGAUGGCAACGUCACGGCGGCACCGGAAGAUAUCUUGCACGAUAUAUCGCGCAUUGUUUCCCUAGAGAUUGGCACGAGGAACGACAACGUGUACGAAUACAUUUGCCCAUCCUGGGCGUUUAGUAAUAAGAAUCCAAUGGUGUCGCCGAGCUGCGUGAAGAGCGUACCGUCGAAAGUGAAUCCAAUCAACUCAAAACUUUGUGUAAGCCCUCGUUGCCUCUACGAAUACAACUCGGCGAGAUCCGCGCCGUCGCUUAAGAACGACAGAACAAUGAGAUGUGAAGGCGACAACGAAAUGAGAAACAACUCCAGUCUCGCGAGAAAGAAAUCUUGCGCAACAGAGUCCAAGUAUUCGCAGCUAGUAUGCAGCGACGUCGGGUCGUCUAUAACCGAAGGAACAAUUGCCUCGUUGAGCGCGAAUAACUGGAACCAUCGCUUAGCUGUUGGAGGCUUGGGCGAGGAAUUUGAUUUCACGCUCGACGUAACGCAGGCUGAACGUUUAGGCCGGACGAUUGCGAGAGCGAAACGGAAGCGGCAAUGGUGCAGAGCCCUGACCACUCUCUUCGGUUUAGUUUUCUUCGUGUUGAGCGUCGUCAUCGUUUCGUUAUCUGUAACGAGGGGUCGUAAGGUGUUUGGAAGCAUGUAAGAGUCAAAAGGCAAGAGCUUAUGCGUGGUCCAAUUAGUAUUUAUUCGGCUUAUAAUGCUUUUCCUCGUGAAAUUAGUCGAAUUGAACAUUUUAAACAAACGCUUCGAUAUAGCUCUUACCACAAACAUUUUGCGAUACGAAUUCUCUCGUUCCAUUAUAUAUGGCUACUUUCAAUGCCUUACUUUAAAAUAUAUGUACAUAUAUAUAUUAUAUGUGUACAAUUAAACUUAGUGAAACACGAAGAAGAUCCUGCAAUCACGAUAUAUGGCUGUGACCAUGUUCUUUUGCAUGCGUAUAAUGUUAAAUAUCGUAUAGCGCAUCAUGAUCGUGUUAAAUAUGAAUAAAUUAGACUUCUCGCAGGGACAGGUGCGAAUAACGUUACCAGUUGAUUGACGUCGCGCAGAAACAAACGGGUAUAUCUAUGUAGAACAAGGACGACUUCGACUAAACAAUUCUAAUUAACAUAACCGGGCGAUUAAUUUAUAAUUAGCAGAAGUGCUCAAAGUGAAAAUGUAUUAAUUAGUUGUCUUUGAAUUGUAUAUGUUAAUUUUGGUUUGCUGGUUUGUUCAAAUUUACUGUAUAUGAUCAUAUCGU